AUGUCCACCCCCAGAGCCACAGAUCGGUCUAUAUCAACAGUCGCGACAAGAAAAGACUCAUCGUCGGCAGAGACAUGUGCUGGUAAUGAGAGAAACGAGAAAGGUGGGACGUGGACCGCCCCUGAUGAGGCACCCGACGGGGGUCUUAUAGCGUGGUUCAUGGUCCUGGGUGCGUGGUGUGUGUUGUUUUGCAGCUUCGGAUGGAUCAACAGUAUCGGAGAAUUCCAGGCAUACUAUGAACAGAACCUCCUCCGGCCCGAUUGCAGGUCAAAUCUACGACAGACUUGGUCCUCAAUAUCUUCUUUUGAGCGGAUCGCUUCUUCAUGUCUUCGGUUUGAUGAUGACGUCUAUAUCGAAAAGGUACUACCAGAUACUCCUAUCGCAAGGUCGGUCAGUUGCAUCCCCAGCUGGUUCAGCAAGAAGCGCGGUGCGGUAUACGGUAUAGUAUCCUCUGGCUCAAGUAUUGGGGGAGUCAUCUUCCCUAUCAUGAUCAGCAAGCUAAUUAGGAUCCUUGGAUUCCCAUGGACCAUGAGAAUUUGCGCGCUCAUGAUUCUCUUUCUUCUGAUAGUAGCCAACCUGACCGUCCGGUCGCGUCUCCCACCGAACCCUCGGAAAUUAUCCAAGGAGUCCUUGAUGCGACCUUUCCAUGAAUCAAAAACGAUGCUACUAAUAGCCGGCUUUUUCACCCUCACCUUUGGGAUAUUCGUGCCUAUGAAUUAUUUCGUCACUGCAGCAAUGGCAGAUGGCAUGGGCCGUAAUUUGGCCGAGUACUUGGUUGCAAUUCUUAAUGCAGGGAGUCUGUUCGGUCGUCUCGGUGCCGGAGUCUUCGCCGACAAAAUGGGUUCCUACAAUAUCUUCGUGGUUGUCACCUACAUCGCCGGCAUCCUAGUUCUAGCGCUAUGGAUACCCGCCUCGAAUAACGCCGGAACCAUCGUGUUCGCCGUUCUCUUUGGGUUCGCCACGGGUGCGCGCUAUAUUGCAACACUCGGGUGGAUCUUAUACCGGGAUGAAGAUCUUCUCGGGUGUUUUGUUGAUUGUAGGGUCGACUUUGGUUUUGGGUGUUCGUCUUCGUCAGACGGGCUUGAAGCCGAAUGCUAUUUUCUAGAGAGGGGCGCAUCCUUUUCUAUAUAUACUUCUCUCUUUACAACAUCUUUGGAGAUUGCUAAAUUCCCCCGUUUCUUCAUUGAAUCUCACUAG